AGCCCGUUGGCUCUUUUCAGUUUCGGCUUCUGUGAGGAGAGUUUCGCUUCUGCUCCGGCAUACGGAAAGAAUCCGUUAGCAAAAGGAACUGUUGGCAUUGCUCUUUCUGACAACAACGGAUUUUCUUCUCUUUCCAUAGAGUAUCUGAACUGGAAUAAAAAUCUUCAGGGGGACAGACCUCAGUGGGAGCUGCCUUCAUAACUGCCACCUUGGUGUGUCUAAUGUGCUACAAGGAUGAGCCCGGCAUUUGGAGCUAUGGAUGUAGAGCACUAUUCCAAGGGCGUCCUGCUGGAGCCUUUUGUUCACCAGGUUGGGGGGCAUUCUUGUGUCCUCCGAUUUAAUGACAAGACCAUCUGUAAGCCUCUUAUUCAGAGGGAACACCAAUUCUAUGAGACUCUUCCUUCAGAAAUGCGUAAAUUCACUCCUCAGUAUGAAGGUGUAGCAUCUGUAAGUUUUGAAGAGGACGAAGAUGGAAACCUGUGUCUAAUAGCAUAUCCAUUAAAUGGGGACCUUGAUAAUUUGGAAAGCCUAGAUAGUUCUGACUGUGAGCCCAAAAAUAAAUUGCUGCGGUGGACUAAUAAAAAGACUGUUUUGCUAGAAAAUGAAAAAUUAACUAUGGAGUGGGUCCGACAACAUAGAAAAGAAGAAAAAAUGAAAAGUCAUAAAUUAGAGGAAGAAUUUGAAUGGCUGAAGAAAUCUGAAGUGUUAUAUUACAGUGUUGAAAAAAAGGGGAAUGUCAGUUCACAAUUUAAGCAUCAUAACCCCUGGAGUAUGAAAUGCCAUCAGCAGCAACUACAGCGAAUGAAGGAAAAUGCAAAACAUCGGAAUCAAUAUAAAUUUAUCUUACUGGAAAACCUAACCUCACGAUACGAGGUGCCUUGUGUGUUGGAUCUCAAGAUGGGAACUCGGCAACAUGGAGAUGAUGCAUCUGAAGAAAAAAAGGCUAAUCAGAUCCGAAAAUGUCAGCAAAGUACUUCAGCGGUUAUAGGAGUCAGGGUGUGUGGAAUGCAGGUGUUUCGGCCAGGUUCUGGACAGUUAAUGUUUAUGAAUAAAUACCAUGGAAGGAAACUUUCAGUCCAAGGAUUUAAAGAAGCAAUUUAUCAGUUCUUUCAUAAUGGAAAAUAUUUGCGAAGAGAACUCUUUGAACCCGUGUUAAAGAAACUGACUGAAUUAAAAUCAGUCUUAGAGAAGCAGGAAUCAUACCGCUUUUACUCUAGCUCUCUGCUCAUUAUUUAUGAUGGAAAGGAACUACAAGAUGUAGCAGUGGACUCUGACCCAGAAGAUCUUGAAGGUCUUUCAGAAGAAUCAUCAGAUGAAUCUGCAGGUGCAUAUGCCUACAAGCCCACUGCUAGCUCUGUUGAUGUUCGAAUGAUAGACUUUGCCCACACUACCUGCAGGUACUAUGGAGAAGAUAGUGUGGUGCAUGAGGGCCAAGACACGGGUUAUGUUUUUGGACUCCAAAACUUAAUAGCUAUUAUUAAAGAAAUAAGGGACGAAAGCAGCGAAUAAACGUUUAGAAUGCAAAACCAUAGAAAGCACUAUAGUGACUCUUUGUAUUCCAGAAAUAUUGACCACUUUCUGGUGGUAGCAACCUGUGCAGACUCUGUUGGGGUGGUCCAGUCAGAGUCGGUGCUGUUCAGAAGCGGGCAUUUCCUUUUAGUGGUGCUGGAGUUGGCACUGACACAUCUGGGUAUCUUUAUUAUUUAUUUCAGCUCUCUCGUAAACAUUCCAUAUUUGAUUAUUCAAAUACCUCUGUUAUUCCUGUGUGCAUAUGUAUCAAUAAAUUUCUUUUUGUUCAUUGUAAA